UCUCGCGCAGCUUGUGGCCAACAGUACAAAUCGCGGAACGUGCGAUACUCAAUUUUUUUCGCCCACCCCCACCCCCACAGCGAGGUAGCGAAACGAACCAAAGAGAGGGAGAGAUCGCGAGUGAGGAAGAGCAACAAUAUCAAUUUGUGGGUGCUAAACGCGCGCGCGCAACUGAAAAAUUUACAAAAUUCAUGAAAAUAUUUUAGGCAAGAGCUGCGCUUCUCUCUAUCUAAGCAGGUGUGUGUGUGUUUUGGUGUUUGUUUGUGUGUGAAUUGUGUUGGUGUUGAAAAAGAAAAAAAUAAAAUACAAACAAACCAACGAGCAGCAACAAGUGCAAAAGAAAAAUCCAAAACAGCUAACAAGUUUUUUCUGCGUAGAAUUCAACGACAUCGAAAUUCCAAGAAAACAACAAGUUGUUGUUGAUUUGUGUUUUGUUUUGUUUUGUUUUGUUGUUUUAAAGCGGGUCAAAUGCAUAAAUAAAUAAGUGUAUUUAUAAAAUAAAAUUAAAAAUAAAAUAAACAAAAAACGCUUAGGUUUUUAAGCUGAGAAACCUGAAGCUAAAGUAAAUCACACGAGUUACUUAUCAUUGUAAAUGCAAUAAAUACAACAAAAAGAAGCGACAACAAAAAAGUUAAAUGAAAAUUGUUGCAAAGUUUUUCGGCAAUCUCUCGCACGUACUCGCAGUACCAACUAGUACCAUAUUGCCAUCCCACUCCGACACGCGCCCGCUCUCACUAGACUCGCUCGAAAGCUCGACGUAGUAUGUAAAGCAACAACAACAGCAGCAGUAACGACAACAGCAACAACAGCAACAUCAACAAGCAAAACAGUAAAAACAAAAGAUACAAAUAAAGUUGGGAGUUCUAAUCAAACCCGAAAUGCUACUGCACUUGGCGGAAUUGUUUUGAACACCUUUUGUGGAAUCACCAAAUGGCUGUUAAACAACAAGAAGGCGUACGAUUUCCCAAGGCAGCCGCACAGAUAAGUCGACAACAAGACUUGAAUUAUUGCACGCAACAGCAGCAGCAACAGCAACAGGAGGAAGAGGCAACAACAGCAGCAGCAGCAACUGCCACAGCAACAGCCAAAGUAACUGCAACUGCAACUGCAACCGCAAGACGCACACAUUGCAACGCAGCUUCGGCAAACAAUUGUGGAAAAGUGUGCAAACGAACAAUAGAGACAGAGACUAGAUAGAAAAUCAGUAAAAGACCACAACAACAGCAGCAGCAACAGCAACAGCAACAACGACUUGCAACCGAAAACAGAGCAAACAGCGGCAACAUAUAUUUUUGGUAUAUGCUUCGGUAACGAUGUCGUUGAUGAAAAUUCAUCGAAGCAAUGAAUCAUUUUGGCGUUGUGGCAUGUUGUUGUUGCUAGUGGCAUUGUUGUUGGCAGAGGCUGCCAACGCGGCAUCGGCGACAUCGACGACGACGACGACGACGGCGACGACAGGCAGUGAAACGCAAACGAGUGCAACUAAUGGUGCAAUUAGACAGCAGCAGCAACAACAACAGCAACAGCAGCAGCAACAACAACAGCAGCAACAAGCAACUGAAGAGCUUGCGGAUCAUGUGCAACAGCAACAGCAACAGCAACAGCAGCAACUGCAACUGCAACACAAUGAAAGCCAAACGUUGGCUGCCAAUUCUGCAGAAAUUUUAAGCCCCAGCGAUGUUGAUGUGGUUGCCGAGAAGCCCACCACAUACCGCCCUGCGGCCGGCAAUCGACCCUCGAUUGCACCACUCAACUCGGCACAGGAGCGAGAACGCAAACUGAUGAAUGUUUUGGCCGCUCGACGUUCGGCUUUGCAUCGCGGUGGUUUUCGCACCCGCAUUGGCACCACUGGCCGCAGCGCCACCUCACCCGCCACGGCGGCGGUUGAGAGCACCUCGAAGUCUCCGAGUGAUCCGCGUUCGGUGUGCAUACGCAACUGUACCAAGAACUUCACCCGCCGCACCACCGCCAGCUGUAUGCGACAGUGUGCGAACUUCACGCGCAUGGCAAUGGCAACCACCAACAGCAGCUCGGUGGUGCUGCGUACGCCCAGCAAGGCAAGUGUUGCCACUGGCGAAAGGGACACCAAUGAGAUACUGUUUAGCGAUGAAUCCUCUCAUGGACUCUUUGUGGUGGCCAAGGAACAGAAUGAUACAUUGAAUCAUAUUGCGGAUGGUGCCAAGUCGUCAGUCGGUGGCAAGCAGCGUGGACGUCGCAAGCAAGCGGCCACAGUUACAAUUGCCACCACUUCGGUGGAGCAGGACGACGACGAGGACGAUGAUGAACUGCAGCCGUAUCUUUAUUUUGGCGCCAAGUUGCCUCCUCUCAAGCCUGGCGCUUUAGCGAUAACAGCCGCCGCUGAUGAUAAUGAGCAUCCACGUGUGCUGGAGGUUUCAGUGGUGCAGAGCACCACCACAACUCCAGUGCCGUCCGUGGAAUCCACAGUGAAACCCACCGUCCCCACGCGUCGUCCCUUGACGGCUGUGGAGCGCAGUCGCAGUCGCUAUAAGUACCACAUGCGAGAUCGUGGUGUGCCACUGGCAGCAUCCGCGGCACCACCUGCACCACCCAUCAGUAGGAGCCGCUAUGUGGGCUCUGGGCGACCCACGGCGGCUCAAGCGGCAAGUUUCUUGGAGCAAAAGCUGCCCGAAACGGAAGCUGAGCUGCCGAAGCCUGUGGUGGUGCGGCGGUUGGCUGGCAAUCCCUUGGCUUCCUCUACACCACUCAUUAUAACGGUGCUGAGCGCUGAGGAGGAAACCACAGUGGUUCAAGCGGAGCCGGAGCUGUUUACGGAACGUUCCAGCACCACCAGCAGUACAAGCACAACUAAAGCGCCAAUUAGCACCACUAAGAAGCCAACCACAACCACAACGACAUCUACAACCACGACAAACACCACAACGACCACCACUUCAACGACACCCGCGACAACGACAACCACAAGCAGCAGCAGCACAGCAACCACUACACCCAGCACCACCACAACAACCUCGACACCAAGCACCACCACCACCACCACUACCACCACAACUGUAGCUAGUAGCACCGCUAAACAGAAGACCAUCAGCGAGGAGGACAUUGAAAGGCUGAGAGCCUUGGGACCAUCCUUAACCCAAGAGAUCAACAUCGAGGAUCAAAAUAAUCUCAUCAUCUUUUGCAACAGCACCGCCAACUGUGAGGCGACACCACGCCCCCAGCUGUCCCACACCACAGACUCCAGCUCGAAUUCAAAGAUACUGCGCACCACUGUGCUUACCUCAGUGCGUUCCACAGUGAAUCCACGACCCACCACAGUAGCACCACGAGCACCAACUGUACCCGCAAAUGUCUACAUCGGAAUUGUGGAAUCUUCAUCGUCAACGCCGUCGGAUAUCAGCUCCACGGUGAUUGCCGCUGAGCGUGAUGUGAAUCUGGAAGUGAGACGCAUGAAUUUGGUCACCUUGGUGCUGGUGGCGGUGGGAGUGGUGCCGCUGGUGGCCAUCAUACUCUAUCUGGUGCGCAAUUAUAUGGUCAGGCGUCAGGCCAAACAGGACGAGGUCUUUGACGUUUGCAUCGCAGAUCAACAGCCCAUAAGUCCUGUCAAGAAAGUGGACUCCAAAUAUCAGCUGGAUCACGAUGACGAUGAGGUGGAUCAUCAUCAGCAGGCCAUGCCCAUGUCCAUCUCCCAACAACAACAACAGCAACAACAACCACAACAGACACGCGAUGCGAAUCACAAUCGUUACGAUGACAAAACCUCCUUGGCCAGCGAAUUCCAGGACUUUGAACGGAGCAACAUCCGAUUGAAGAGUCUGCUCGGCGAGGGCAACUUUGGACAGGUGUGGAAGGCUGAGGCGGACGAUCUGAGUGGACAUUUUGGCGCUACACGCAUUGUGGCCGUGAAGACAAUACGUGCUUGCAGCGCUCAGGUGAGCCUCAAGGAUGAGGCCAACAUAAUGCGCAAACUGGGCUCGCAUCAGAAUGUGGUAACACUGCUGGGUGCAUGUGUGGAGAGCGAGCCGCACAUGCUGAUCAUGGAGUAUGCGAUGCGAGGACGACUUUUAUCCUUGCUACGCGCCGCACGCAGUGCCACAAAUAUUCUGCCCGCCUCAGUGCCAGGUGGACGCAGCCUCGCACCGCUCUCCCCCCGCACUCUAGCCGGCUUUGCGCUGGACAUUGCCUGCGGCAUGGAGUACAUAGCCGGACGCAGGAUUGUGCAUCGAGAUCUGGCAGCGAGAAAUGUGUUAUUGGAUCACAAUGGCAUGUGCAAGAUCUGUGAUUUUGGCAUGUCCAUUGAUCUGGAUGCGGAGCGCAUGCGCAAGGAGCAGGAGAAGAAUGCAGCCAAUGAUAUUUUGCGCAGCAAUGCGGCCAAGUUCAAGUUUGACUUUGGCAGUCGCUACAUUCUGCAGCAUUGGCAGCACACUUUUGGCCAGGGCCAGAAUGGCAACUGCUCCAAGGAUGCCACGCACUCGGAGAAGAAGUCACAUGGCCACGAUACGAUUGGCAAGCGACAUGCUCUUCCAAUACGCUGGAUGGCGCCAGAGAGUCUGCAGUUUCACAUGUUCACCACCGAAACGGACAUUUGGGCCUUUGGCAUUGUCCUCUGGGAGAUUGCCACACUGGGCUCCACGCCGUAUUCCCAUCUAACUGGUCGCGAGGUCAUACGCCGUGUGCCGCAGGGCUUGCGUCCGGAGUUGCCUAAGGAGAGUCGCCACGAGUUUUACAAUCUCAUGUCGCGCUGCUGGCACAAGGAACCGCACAUGCGACCCUCGUUUGCCCAGUCGCGUCUGGAGAUCACGCGAUCGCUGCACAAAUGGGUCGACGAUGACUCUGCCGCCUCGGAUUAUAUGGAUGUGAGCGGUUUUAGCGAGGAUCUCGAGCAUGGCGUUGUCUAUUUUAACCACCGCAUCUCCGAGUUUGAAUGCGAAAUAUGACGUUGACUGAAUCACCCUUUCCAACCACAAAUCACCAUCCAUUUGCAUACCACGUCGCCAUUGCCCACCAACUAAUUAGUACAUCAGGCUCAUCAGCAUCUGCAUUAGUAUUCUCCAUACAUCUCGAUUCAUCAAACCAUCUAUGUAACUGUACUAUUUCGAAAUUCGCGUGCUUGUCGAGCAGUAUUAUUUGUCUUCUGUAUCUUUUUCCAGUUUAGUUUCGAUUCGUUUUGUUAUGAUUUCGUUGCGAUUUCGGUUUGCCAGCGGCUUUAAAAGCUCUUGUAAAUAUUAUAUUUGUAUUUUCUUGCAAAUAUUUAUUAUGAUUUAUCAUUUAGGAAUUUUAUUUUAAUAAAUAAUUGGCGCUACUUGUGCUUAGUUGAUAUUAGUCACUUAGUUCUUCUAGUCUGUAUCUAAAAAUUCAUCUUCAAGUUGAGUCAAUUCGUUUGACGAGUUGACUGCACCGCAAUGUGGCACACAAUAUAGUUUUUGAAAAUUAUUCUAUCGUUUAGACUUUAAUUUUAUUGAUAUCGAUAUAGAAAUACACACAUAAUUGUACAAAUAAAUUAAUUUAACACAAGAAAUAAAAUAAUUAUACUCUUUAC